AUGGGCGAAAAAGGAAAAAAGCGAACGCAAGAUGAGUUGGAGAAAGGCGAGGAAGACGCGGUUGAAAUCAUGCCCGGGACGAUCAAAUCCGUCCGUCUUCAGAACUUCAUGUGCCACGAACAUUUGCUCGUGGAUUUAGGUCCAAGGAUUAACUUUAUCACCGGAGAGAACGGGUCCGGGAAGUCGGCGGUGUUAACCGCGUUGACGUUAGCGUUGGGGACCUCGGCGAGGAAGACAAACAGGACGAGUAAAGACGGCGUGAAAGGUUUGAUUCGAACCGGGCAGCACAGCGCGAAGAUUAUCGUCGAGUUACGGAACGAAGGGUCGGACGCGUUCGAGCCGGAGAAAUUCGGGGACGUGAUUAUUAUUGAGAAGAAUAUAGUCAAUACGGGCGGGUCGACGAUGAAGAUGAAAACGAGACACGGACCGGGCGCCGGCGAGAAGAAGGAAGUGACCGUGUAUACAAAGUCGGAGGAUUUGGCGAGGAUGUGCGAUCAUUUGAACUUGAAUUGCGAGAAUCCUAUUUGCGUGAUGACGCAAGAUGGGAGUCGAGAGUUUUUGAGCUCCGGGAAGGAUCGAGAUAAAUACAACUUUUACAUGAAAGCGACACUUUUGGAAUCGGUGUUGAGCGAGUUGCAAACGUCGAAAGAUAGGUUGGAUCUGAUGGGCGAGAAUUUGAAAAUAAAAGAACAAACUAUUCCAGAAAUGGAAUCGUUGGUGGCAGAUUUGGAAACGAAGAUGCAGAUGUUCACGUUGAAGAGAAAGUUGUCGACAGAGUUGCAUUUGGCUCGUAUUUUGUUUCCGUGGGCCGGAGUCGCCGCAAUGAAGCUUGAAAUGGACAAGUUGACGGAAGAGAUCGAGGAGGCCAACGCACAAUUGCAACAGUUUGACGCCCAGUUGAAAGCUCGCGGUGCGAAGAAGGAAAAAUACGAGAACAAGAGAAAGGAAUUGGGAGAAGAAGUAGAGAAAAUAAAAAGUCAAGAGAUUGGCCAAGCUUUGCUGAGGAAGCAGGAGUACACAGACUCGAUGAAAACGGCUGAACGUAUGAUGAUCAGCGCAAAGCGAGCGAUGGACGGGGCUGAAGCGAACGUUAAAGAUAAGGUAAAAGAACGCGAUAACCAGAAACGGUUGUUGGAAACCGAGAAGGAAAAAGCCGUGUCGGCGACACAAAAUGCGAGUGGUCAAAACGACGCGGCGUUGCUCGCGGCGAAAGUGAAAUACGAAAAAGCGCGCGGGGAGAAGGAAGCGUUUGAAACGGCGGUGAAAGAAGUGAACGAGCGCGUCACAAAGGCUGGUUUUGAGGUUAGAAAUAUCUCUAAUAGAAUUCGCGGCAAAGAGCAAAGCGUGAACCAGCAGCAACAGACGAUUAAAAGGAUGGAAAACGCGAGCAAGGACGCCAACGCUCAAUUCGGCGAGUGGGUGCCAAAACUUUUAGACGUCAUUAAGAAGAACGAGAAUAAGUUUUCGAGACCGCCGAUUGGACCGGUUGGUGCAAACGUGCUGCUUAAGCAAGAUAAAUGGGGCCUUUGCGUUGAAGAGUGUUGCGGACGUGAGUUUGAGAAAUUUCUCGUCCAUUCGGCGAAAGACGUUAGCGUUCUUCAAAAAAUCGCCAAGGAUGCAAAUUGUAAGGUUCCGGUGAUUGCUUGCAUGAACUUUGAUGCGCCAAGACACAAUACGAAGGAAAACUCACCGGAUGGUUCGCUUUUAACUGUUUUGGACGUUUUAGAUUUCAAGAACAACGCGGUGUUCAAUUAUCUGGUUGAUAAAGCGCAGGUUGAAAGAGUUAUGUUGACUACGAGCGAUAAGGAAGCGGCGUCGAUCGUGCACCACAGAUUCGGCCAACCGAAGCACCCGAAGAGUAAAAACGUGGCGUAUGCGUUGACCGUGGACAUGCGCAGCUACAGGCAAAUUGGAGGUACGCAGCAAGUGCAACCCUUCAGACGACAAGUGCUCAAUUCUCCGGUUCGUCUGAUCAAGGAUAAGAAAGCCGAAAUCGGGAAAGCUAAGUCAAAGCUUGUUGAGAUUCAAACCGAAAUGAAAGACGCGCAGAAAGCGAUGGAAAGGGAGAGAAAAGCACUGAGCGAUGCGAAAGCUGAGCAGACCAAAACUGAAAGCGGACGCCUCAAAAUCGUGCGGAACGUGCGGACGACGUUGGACGAGUACCAAAAUAAGAAACAGGAAGUGCAGGAAGCUGUGCAAGAUGUGGCGGAAGUGGAUUUGGAAGAACUCGAGCGCGAGUUGGCAGAAAAAGAAGAAGCUUUGGUAAAUAGCGAAGACGAGAAACGCGUGUUAAUGGAAGAUCACGUGCAGAAAAAAGAAGAUUACGUUGCCAAGAAAGCUGCACUCGACUCGUUCAUCGAUAACCAGGUGGGCUUAUCAGCCCAACUCGACAAGUACGAUUCAGAUCUCGGUGCUUGCGUUCGAAAAAUCGAAACGGAGGAGGAGACGCUUAAAAAACUCUCUUACGGAAAAGAGGAGAAGAUGAAAGAACGUGACGUAAAAGUCAAAAUGCUCGACGAAAAAAAGCUGGAAUUCGUGGAGAGUGAAAAGAAUGUCAUUGAAUGUACGAAAAGCGACAAAACUGGAGAGAGUAUCAAAUCGCUCGAAGAAGCCGAGGCCCACAAAGCCGAGUUUGACGUUUACAAGGGCAUAGAUGCCGCCCAGAAACACAUCCAGUCUAUUAAAAAUAAAAUUGCGAGAGAAGAGGCCAUGCACGAACAACCGUUCGAGGAGGUGCGCGAUCUUCUCGACGAGGCGAAGAGUAAACUCAACAAGACAAAGAGGUCACUCAAAAACACGAAGGAGCCAAAGAACCUCUUGUCGAAGCUGGUGAAGAAACGGAAGUUGGCGUUUGAAGAGGUAGCCACGAACGUAAAAAGAGAAGUCUCUGGUAACUUUGGUUUUCACUUAAGUAAAAAACCCGGGUGCGGAGGAGGAUUGGACGUUGACUACACGAAUCGCACGUUGACGAUGAAUGUGCAGAUGAAGAACAAAACUGUCACGAACAUCAACGGACUAUCAGGCGGCGAAAGAUCGUUCACCACGCUCGCUCUCACGUUAGCGAUGGGAGAACUCAGCGAAUCGCCUUUCCGCGCCAUGGACGAAUUCGACGUUUUCAUGGACGAAGUUGCGCGUAAAGUUUCCAUGAACUCACUGUUGGAAUUCGCGAGAGGAGACGAGGAACUAAGCAGACAGUUCAUUCUCAUCACGCCGCAAAAUAUUUCCGGCAUCGACGCGAAAGCGAAGGACAUUCACGUCUUCCAAAUGCGAGCGCCUAGAACGUAA